GCCAACCAGUGACGUGUUCUUGUUUUCGAAGUAUUACUAAAAAAUUAAUUUAUAGCAAUAUAUAAUAAAAGCAAAUUGAGAAAAACGCCUCAUCGACGUGUACUUAAGAUGUCAACCUACGAAGAAUUUAUUGAGCAAAAUGAAGAACGGGACGGAGUCCGCUUGUCAUGGAAUGUAUGGCCAGCAAGUAGAUUAGAAGCUACUCGUUUAGUUGUACCUGUAGGUUGUUUGUAUCAGCCAUUGAAAGAAAGACCUGAUUUACCUCCAAUACAGUAUGAUCCUGUUGUGUGUACACGUAAUACUUGUCGAGCAAUAUUAAAUCCAUUAUGCCAAGUGGAUUAUAGAGGAAAAAUGUGGAUAUGUAAUUUUUGUUUUCAAUGUAAUUCAUUUCCUCCUCAAUAUGGUGCGAUUUCAGAGCAACACCAACCAGCUGAACUUAUCCCAGCUUUUUCUACCAUUGAAUACUCUAUAACGAGAGCUAAAACGAUGCCACCAAUAUUUUUGUUCGUUGUGGAUACUUGUAUGGAUGAUGAAGAACUAGGUGCACUCAAAGAUUCAUUACAAAUGUCUCUUAGUUUAUUACCACCUAAUGCUCUUGUCGGUUUAAUUACAUUUGGAAAUGUUGUUCAGGUUCAUGAAUUGGGAUGUGAAGGUAUUUCCAAGUCAUAUGUCUUUAGAGGUACUAAAGAUUUACCACCAAAGCAAAUUCAAGAUAUAUUAGGAAUUGGUAAAUAUGCUACACCAACUGCUCAAUCUGGUGUACCACAACAGCAACAGCAAGUUAAUGCACCUUCAAAUAGAUUUAUACAACCUGUCCAAAAUUGUGAUGUUAAUAUGUCAGACCUGUUGAAUGAACUUUUAAAAGAUCCAUGGCCUGUUUCCCAAGGCAUGAGACCACUUAGAAGCACGGGCAUGGCAUUAUCAAUUGCUGUUAGCUUACUAGAGUCAUCUUAUCCACAUGCUGGUGCCCGUAUAAUGUUAUUUGUUGGCGGAGCUUGUUCUCAAGGUCCUGGUCAUGUUGUUAAUGAAAAAUUGUCUGACACAAUUCGUUCCCAUGAUCAAAUAAUGAAAGAUAAUGCUCCAUACAUGAAAAAAGCUACUAAACAUUAUGAUACCUUAGCAGUUCGUGCUGCAACCAAUGGACAUACUAUUGAUAUUUAUGCUUGUGCGUUAGAUCAAACUGGUUUGAUGGAGAUGAAACAAUGUUGUAAUUCAACAGGGGGUCAUAUGGUUAUGGGUGAUUCAUUCAAUUCAUCUUUAUUUAAACAAACGUUUCAAAGAGUAUUAGCGCGGGAUCAUGAAAAUAACUUAAAGAUGGCAUUUAAUGCUAAUUUGGAAGUAAAAACUUCAAGAGAAAUAAAAAUCAUGGGAGCUAUUGGUCCUUGUGUUUCAUUAAAUAUCAAGAAUCCAUGUGUAUCUGAUUGCGAUUUAGGAUUAGGUGGAACAUGUCAAUGGAAAAUGUGCAGUUUAAUGCCCAAUACAACUUGUGCCUUUUUCUUUGAAAUUGUUAAUCAACAUGGCUCACCAAUACCACAAGGAGGACGUGGUUGUAUACAAUUCAUCACUCAAUAUCAACAUUCCAGUGGAUACAAACGAAUAAGAGUCACAACAUUAGCUAGAAAUUGGGCAGACCCUGUUCAGAAUAUGAUACAUGUAAGUGCUGGCUUUGAUCAAGAAGCAUCAGCAGUCUUAAUGGCUCGUAUGGUAGUGAACCGUGCAGAAACUGAAGAUAGUCCAGAUGUAAUGCGAUGGGCUGAUCGUACUCUUAUACGCUUGUGUCAGAAAUUUGGAGAUUAUCAAAAAGAUGAUCCUAACAGUUUUCGAUUACCAGAAAACUUCAGUUUAUAUCCACAGUUUAUGUAUCAUUUAAGACGGUCUCAAUUUUUACAAGUUUUUAAUAAUAGUCCGGAUGAAACUUCUUACUACAGACAUAUGUUAAUGCGUGAAGAUGUUACCCAAAGUUUAAUCAUGAUACAACCAAUUCUGUACAGUUAUAGUUUUAAUGGUAGGCCUGAACCUGUGCUCUUAGAUACCAGUAGUAUUCAAGCUGAUAAAAUAUUAUUAAUGGACACAUUUUUCCAUAUUUUGAUAUUCCAUGGAGAGACUAUUGCUCAAUGGAGAGCUAUGGAUUAUCAAAAUAGGCCUGAGUAUAGUAAUUUCAAACAACUGCUUCAAGCACCUGUUGAUGAUGCUCAAGAAAUUCUUAAAACUCGAUUUCCAAUGCCUCGGUAUAUUGAUACCGAACAAGGUGGCAGCCAAGCAAGAUUUUUACUGUGCAAAGUUAAUCCAUCUCAAACUCAUAAUAAUAUGUAUGCUUAUGGUGGUGAUGGUGGAGCACCUGUUCUAACAGAUGAUGUAAGCUUGCAACUAUUUAUGGAACAUUUAAAAAAGUUAGCAGUAUCAUCAAAUGCUUAGAAAGUAUUUUAAAUUAUAAUAUAUUUUUGUUUAAAUUUUUUA